GGCACAAUAUUUUCUCAGGAGAGAAUAAAAAUUGGGAAUGUCCAAAAUUAGAGAAGAAGGACUCGUCUCUUCUCCUCCGAUUUAUCGAUCGUCAAACCCUCAGUCUCUGCUGCCUCUGGCACUUCAAUGAGAGUUUUGAGUUUGUUCGUUGCUCCAUUUCUGCUGCCAAAAACGUUGGAUAAACUACAACGCAUGCACAAAGAUUUGAUUUGAGCUUCACCUCCUCAAGUGUGCUAUGAGCUAGAUGGAUAGACAACUUGAUAAACAGAACAUGGACCAAGCAAACGGUUAUGAACACGUUCGGUACGCUGCUCCUGAUCCUCGAGGUGAGGGGAUUGGCUCCGUGAAUGAAAGGUUUUCGCGUGAUUCUUCAGCUAGUGUUGAUACUAAUGUACGACCUCCAGAUUUUGCUGUUUUGACCCCUGCUCGGCCGGUGAACUACUCGAUACAGACUGGGGAAGAGUUUGCUUUUGAGUUUAUGAGAGAUAGGGUCAUUAUGAGACCGCAGUUCAUCCCUAACGUGUAUGGUGAGGCCACUGGUAUGCCUCUUGCUGCUAACUUAGGUGCUGUGGGGAUGGUUGUUCCGAUGUCGGAGAGUGGCUCUAACACCACAAUGGUUAACGCAGCAGAACAACGCAGUACCAUUGAGCAAGAGAGGAAACCCCCUUCUAGAAGUGAAGAUAAGAACUAUCAUGAGCUUGUCAAGUCAGCCCCGGCUAUUUCUUCAAGAAACGAUACGGGUCAAAGGCUUAAUGGUCUGCUGUCUUCUAGAGCUUCUGACAGCUCUUUGAACCACGCAAAGUUCUUGUGUAGUUUUGGUGGUAGAAUCAUACCCCGCCCCAGAGAUCAGAAACUUAGAUAUGUUGGCGGUGAAACGCGUAUCAUACGGAUUAGCAAGACUAUAUCUUUCGAAGAGCUCAUGCACAAAAUGGUAGAGAUGUUCCCUGAAGCACGUACCAUAAAAUAUCAGCUGCCAGGCGAGGAUCUCGACGCCCUAGUCUCUGUAUCUUCUGAUGAGGAUUUACAAAAUAUGAUGGAGGAAUGUAAUGUGUUUGGUAGUGGAGGAUCUGAGAAGCCUAGGAUGUUCUUGUUUUCGAGCUGUGACUUAGAGGAGGCUCAGUUCGUUUUGGAAGCUGCAGAGGGUGAUUCGGAGGUUCAGUAUGUUGUUGCUGUCAAUGGGAUGGAUCUAAGUUCACGAAAAAGUUCCCUUGGAGUAAGUGCUUCUGGGAACAAUUUGGAUGAACUACUUCACAGGAAUACUGAUAGGGAGAUCAGUCGAGCUGCCACGGAACCUGCAGUAGCUUCAGUUGCUCCCUUGGCAAGCAAUGAAUCUUUAUCAGCUAGCCAGACUUCUCAACCUGUAACAGGUUUUUCUACUGGAAAUGAGCCAUUUUCAGAGCCUUAUCGAGGACAGCAACUACACUUAACAGGACUUGGUAACCACCAAGUUUACACGUCAGCUCAAAUGGCAAGCGUAGGCUAUGUAGAUGAGAAGGGGUCUGUUCCUUUGCAUGUUCAACCACAGCCUCAUUAUAUUCCUUAUCCUGUGAGUCCUGAAACACCUCUUGAAAGUGUGGUGCCUCAGUAUCCACGUAAACCUGAGCAAGGAGUUUUGCAUGAUGAGCAGAUCUUUCAUGUACAAGAUCCAGAAGCUUCAUCCAAAGAGACCAAAAUGAGAAGAGAUGACUCAUUUAAGAAGGUAAAUGGUCCUGCUAAUGAAUCUACUGUCGAGACCAAUCUUUCAGCAAAGGAGUCAAAUAUGAGGAGAGAAUCCCCAACUCCAAGGGUCAAUGAGUAUUCUGUUUCCUCUAUGUCUGGUGAUUUGAUAGUCCCAGAUCAUGUCCUGAAGGAAGAAGCUCCAAUUGCCACACAUAUAUCCAAUUCAACACCGUAUCCAAGUACUUCAGCCUGUCCAGAGAAAAGUCUUAGAAAAUCUCAGGACCAUAUUGAGAACAAUCGUUCUGCAAAGGAGCCAAAGAUGAGGAAAGAACACUCCACCACAAGGGUCAGUGAGUCUUCCAUCUCCUCUGUAUCUGGUGAUUCUAUGGUCCCAGAUCACACUCUCAAGGAAGAAGCUCCUGUUUCCAAGCAAAUAUCUAAUUCAACACCAGAUCCAAGUUCCUUUGUUUGCCAAGAAAGAAGUCUUGAAACAUCCCAGGAAUAUGUUCCCAAAACGGUUGCCCUAGAUACAGCAAGUGAAGACAUGAAAAUCAAUCAGGACAAUCAAUGUUGUCUGCCUGGAGGAUUCUCUGCAUCUGGGCUUGUAAUUCCAGAUGGUGAUUCAUCUAAUCCGAGUAAUGUCGACCAGCCUGUGAUUCACCAAAGGGAUUUUCAUUCUGAGCUACCGGAUACAGCAGAAACUAAACGUUUGUCCCAAACUGAUGAUUCUCUGGGUUCCCAAUUUGUAAUGGCUAAAUCAGCUUCAGAUAAAUUCCUGCCUAUCAGUGAAUCAGCUGAAACUUUUCAUGAAGCAAAGAUGGAGUCCCAGAAUGUUCAUUCCAGCGCACCAGUAAGACCGCCUCCUGAAAGCCUCUGGACAGCCGACGGUAGUAUCUCACAGUUUGAAAAAGGAAACUUGGAACCUAACGCCCCGGAGCAUUUAAGUCAGUCAGAGACUUCAGUUAAGGCUGUUCCGCAAGGACAUAUUGAGAACGGAGAUAUAGUUGUUGAUAUAAAUGAUAGAUUUCCUCGUGAUUUUCUUGCUGAUAUACUGAAAGAGUCUCUAAACUUCCCUGGAUUACGGCCAUUGCAUGGUGUUGGAGCUGGAGUGAGUUUAAAUGUUCAGAAUCAUGACCCUAAAAAUUGGUCCUAUUUUCGAAAUUUGGCGCAGGAUGAGUUUGAGAGGAAGGAUGUAUCCCUUAUGGAUCAGGACCACCCUGGAUUUCCCUCUUCCCUGACUAACACCGAUGGAGUUCCUAUUGAUUAUAGCUACCCACCAUUGCAGUCUGAGAAAGUUGCUCCAACUCAGUUAAAUCCACAAAUCCACUUUGAUGGGAAUGCUCAGCCGGGAGUGUCUACCACUGCCGUAGCUGAUUCGAGCACAGUAGACACACAAGAAGAUCACGGUCAGACAGUGUUCGAAGGUGCUGAAAGAACAGAUUCAAAAGUGAAUACUGAAGCUCCUCUUAUUGACCUUAUUGCUGAGGACAAUGUCGGCAGAUCUCUGCAGUUCAUUAAAAAUGACGACUUGGAAGAACUGAAGGAACUAGGUUCGGGUACUUUUGGAACUGUUUAUCAUGGAAAAUGGAGGGGUACAGAUGUUGCUAUCAAACGAAUUAAAAGGACCUGUUUUAUUGGUCGUUCAUCUGAACAAGAGAGAUUGACCUCGGAGUUUUGGCAUGAAGCUGAAAUUCUUUCCAAGCUACAUCAUCCAAAUGUUAUGGCAUUUUACGGCGUAGUGAAAGAUGGGCCAGGAGGAACUUUAGCUACAGUCACAGAGUACAUGGUCAAUGGAUCGCUUAGACAUGUUCUGCUCAGCAACAGGCACAUUGAUCGACGUAAGCGACUUAUCAUUGCAAUGGAUGCAGCUUUUGGGAUGGAAUAUUUGCACUCAAAGAACAUAGUUCAUUUCGAUUUGAAGUGUGACAACUUGCUUGUCAACUUAAAGGAUCCCGCCCGUCCCAUAUGCAAGGUUGGUGAUUUUGGUCUGUCAAAGAUAAAAAGAAACACUUUGGUCAGUGGCGGUGUAAGGGGAACCCUCCCUUGGAUGGCUCCCGAGCUACUUAGUGGAAGCAGCAGCAAAGUUUCUGAAAAGGUCGAUGUAUUCUCUUUCGGAAUCGUCUUGUGGGAAAUUCUUACCGGUGAGGAACCCUACGCCAACAUGCAUUACGGUGCAAUAAUCGGAGGCAUAGUGAACAAUACACUGAGACCAACCGUUCCAAGCUACUGUGACCCAGAAUGGAGGAUGUUGAUGGAGCAGUGUUGGGCUCCUGACCCAUUUUUUCGACCUUCCUUCCCAGAGAUAGCCAGACGUCUCCGUACCAUGUCCUCCUCCGCGGUCCAGACAAAAGCUCACUCCCCCAAUCACCACAAGUAAUCUGUCAGUUUAUCAUUGCGGGUACGCUUAACAUGUCCCGUAAAUGGGGCGACUAUUGACCUCAAACCCGUCGUGGAACGGUGGCCGGAGUACAUACAACACAAGCUUCCCGACAAGAAUUACGUGCGUGUAUUAGACACGACGCUCCGUGACGGUGAACAAUCUCCCGGUGGGGCUCUUACUCCACCUCAGAAGCUUGAGAUUGCAAGACAGCUCGCAAAACUGCGAGUAGACAUCAUGGACGUUGGUUUUCCGGUGUCGUCUGAGGAAGAGUUCGAAACUGUCAAAACCAUCGCCAAGACCGUGGGAAACGAGGUGGAUGAGGAAACAGGUUACGUCCCAGUGAUAAACGCCAUCGCACGAAGCAAACCAAAAGACAUUGAGGCGGCCUGGGAGGCGGUGAAAUACGCGAAGAGACCUAGGAUACUCAUAUUCACAUCUACUAGUGACAUUCACAUGAAAUAUAAGUUGAAAAAGACUAAAGAAGAAGUCAUCGAGAUGGCCACGAGUAGUAUUAGGUUUGCUAAAAGCUUAGGCUUCGUUGACAUCGAAUUUGGUUGCGAAGAUGGCGGCAGGUCGGAUAAGGAGUUUCUAUGCAAGAUUCUAGGAGAAUCGAUAAAAGCGGGUGCAACCACGGUGGGCAUCGCGGACACUGUAGGAAUCAGCAUGCCGCAAGAAUUCGGCGAACUUGUGAGCUACCUCAAAGCAAACACUCCUGGAAUUGAUUAUGUUAUCUUCUCUGUUCAUUGUCAUAACGACCUUGGUGUUGCUACCGCCAACACAAUAGCCGGUGUAUGUGCGGGAGCACGACAAGUCGAAGUAACGAUUAACAGAAUAGGCGAAAGAAGUGGGAAUGCACCACUUGAAAAGGUCGUGAUGGCUUUGAAAUGUCGAGGAGAAUAUCUGAUGGAUGGUGCCUACACAAGAAUAAACACACGCCAAAUUAUGGCUACUAGCCAGAUGGUUCAAGAAUAUACCGGCUUAUAUGUUCAACCACAUAAGCCCAUAGUUGGAGCCAGCUGUUUUGUUCAUGAGAGCGGCAUUCACCAGGAUGGAAUCUUGAAAAACCGGAGUACAUAUGAGAUCUUAUCGCCAGAAGAUGUUGGGGUUGUAAUCUCUCAAAGUUCCACCAUUGUUCUUGGAAAGCUUAGCGGACGUCAUGCUGUGAAAGAUCGACUGAAAGAGUUGGGAUAUGAGCUCGAUGAUGAUAAAUUGAACGACAUCUUCUCAAAGUUCAGGGAUUUAACCAAGCAUAAAAAGAGAAUCACGGAUGAUGAUCUGAAGGCAUUAGUAACGGGUGGUGAUGAGAUCUCGUCACUAAACGGCGCUAACAAAUAAGAGUCUA